AUGAAGAAACAGCAAAGUGAGAUGGAUGUGAAGUUCAAGGCGUUGAACUUCAGAUUGAAAUGCUGCAACAAAGUACUCGGGAAUGAAGAUAGAGCAGCCGUAGACAGACCUGUGAGUCCAUUACAACAAUUGUAAGUACAAUUAGUAUUUUAAAAAGUUCCAUUGAAAAAGCCAAAUUUGCGCAGAGAAAAUCUGAUGAACGAAUAGAACAAUGGUCUACAGAGAUAGAAAAUCAAAUUGUACUGUCUGACAAGUGUAUGCAGAAACUUGCCGAUUUCGUGAAGACCAUAGAUCAAAGGGCAAAAGAAGUUGAAUUGAAGCAUACACAGGAAAAGACAAUGCAAUUUGAAAAACAAUUAUUAGAGCAGAAGUUAGAGGCCGCACUGAAAGAGACGAAAAUUGCUGAGAAAACUGUGAAAUUGCCUAAGCUUAGCAUUACUAGAUCGUCUCUGCUUUCAUCUACCCCAACUCCAACACAUGGACUAGGUAUCACGAACUUCUGCUUUGAACUCAUCAACAAUAAUAUCAUUCAACCAGUCCAACAUUUGAUUAAAAAUAUAUAGAGAGCCAUAAGAUGCAUUUCCACCUACAAAGAGAUCCACAGCUUCAGGUAACUUCAACUCACAUAGGAGUUUCAAUUGGCUUCCAUACUUGCAGUUAGGUAGCACUUCUGUUACUGUGUAAUAUAGCACCUUCAUCGCAAGUACAAUGGUUUGAUUUCUUUUCUCCUGUAACUUAUUUGCAUUGGCGAUUAAACCAGUUUGGGAUUUCUCUUUGCUUGCAUUACAAAACUGAUGGUCAACUGAAGCUUGGUGCGCAAGUAUUGACUUUCUCCUUUCAAAAGCGAACCAAAAAGAAUUAUUAAAAGCCACGACUAUAAAUAUUACAAUACCAG